CGACACGUAAAUUCACCUGAACGCGCUUUACUUCAAGUUUCGAAACUUCGUGUUCUCUCAACGUUGUUCUACACCUGUAAUCACAUUCCUGUAAUCAGUAUACAAUGGUCCACAACUGCAUUGACUGGAGCGUCAUACCACUACGUUUCUUAACGAUAUCGUACGGAAAUAAAAAGGUCGCGACGCGAUGGGGUCCAGCAUCCAAAGUUCGCGAGUUCAAAUCCCUCCAAUCUUUUGCGCACCGUAAAUUUGAUAUCCGAGACCACCCAUCCUCAUCCCUGCGCUUCCGAACGACCUGCAACCUUAGCACUACACGUUUCCAGGACGACUCGACGUUUGAGGUCGAUACAGAGGCAUGGGAAGAAGAGGGCUUGGUGGACCUUGUCUGUUGUCUGGAGGUGUACUUGGAGGAGGUUAUGCCUGGUCCACAGUCCGGCGAAGAGGCCACGCAACCUGUGGAAGAGGAACAUGAGGAUACUCGGGUGCACGAGCAAGUUCGAGAUCCUGACGAACGGGAAGGUGAAGAGGGAGAACACAGUGAUAUAGCAGACACCAAUGAUAAUGUCGAGGAGGACGAAGCACAGGACGAGGACGAGGACGAGGGGGAGAAAGAGGAGCAGGAGCAGGAGAACAAAGAGGCGGAUCAAGAAGAGAACGAAAAGACAGAUGAGUUUGAGGAAAAGAAGGCUGCUGUUGUUAGUGACCCUCAGCACUCUGUUCCCAAUGCUGAGAACCAGUUGAUUACUGCUCGUGCACAAGACACGCCACAUGUCCCUGACACAGAACGGCCAAUUAGGAAGGAAAAGGAAGUUCCUCCUGCGUAUCGCGUACGGGUGUCGUCAGUCGCUGGAAGCUCACAAGAAGGCCCAGCCCUCUUCAGAGCACAUAAACCACUAGACCAACGUGUCAAGCAAGAGCCAAAUUCGGCAGGGCGAUUGGAGUCUCAGCCUCAAGCGACACAGGCGACACAGGAAUCGCCUGAGCUCAUACACACCAAACUCGUCGUCAGUAUCCAGCACAAACCAUCCGCGCAGCAUGCACAAUUCAGCGCGAAGCCCCAAACACGAAUAGGUAAAGUUCUCGCCGGGGCAUGCAAGAGCUUCCGCUUGGAUGUCAAUGUAGCGCAACUCUAUUUAGUGGUGGUGACGCAAAAUGAUGAGGGCUUGAAGGAGGAAGAUCAUUUCUUGUGUGAUCGAAAUGAGACAGUAGAAACCGCUAUCGUGGGCGUGGAAGGGAGGGCAAAUUUCAUGAUUCGCAUGCCUGAAGAUCCCGCAAUGUAGGAUGAUAUAUAUAUAUAUAUAUAUCACUUUGUAGCGGAAAGGGGAAUUCUACGGGUGGCUUGCUUAUUCC